AUGAGUGCCCUGGACCGGAUCAAUGAGAUUGAGCAAGAAAUGGCCCGCACUCAGAAGAAUAAGGCCACCAACGCCCAUCUUGGACGGUUAAAGGCCAAGUUGGCUAAGCUCAAGACCGAGUUGGUGAGCGGCUCCUCCAAGAGCGGUGGUGGCGGUGGAGAGGGGUUCGAUGUGAAAGCCACAGGCAAUGCUCGUGUUGGGCUCAUUGGGUUCCCAUCAGUGGGCAAAUCCACGUUGCUGAAUAAGUUAACCGGCACCUUUUCGGAAGCAGCGGCGUACGAGUUCACCACGCUUACCUGUGUGCCUGGUGUUUAUACGUAUAAGGGUGCUAAAGUCCAAGUCUUGGAUUUGCCCGGUAUCAUCGAGGGUGCCAAGGAUGGUAAAGGUAGAGGUAAACAGGUGAUCAGUGUCGCAAUGACCUGUAGUCUCAUCCUGAUCUGUCUGGAUGUCACCAAGCCUCUUACACAGAAGCGGAAGAUCGAGCAUGAGCUUGAAGGCUUUGGUAUGAGGUUGAAUAAGAAGGCUCCAAAUAUCAUCAUCACGAAGGCUGAUAAGGGUGGUAUCAACAUCACUGUCGCCCCUGGUUAUCGAUUGAUCGGCAUGGACGAGGAGACGGUCGUGACAAUCUGCAAGGAGUUCCGGAUUACUAACGCUUCUAUUGUGUUCCGAUGCAACGCAAGCAGUGAUGACCUUAUUGAUGUUAUCGAAGGUGGGCGUAAAUACGUGCCAUGCCUGUAUGUGAUGAACAAGAUUGAUUCAAUCACCAUUGAGGAGCUCGACGUCAUCUGCAAGUGCCCUCACUAUGUGCCUAUAUCGGCCGAUCUUGGAUGGAACAUAGACGGGUUGAAGGAUAAGAUGUGGGACUAUAUGGACCUCAUUCGGGUGUACACCAAGCCAAAGGGACAGGUGCCUGAUUACUCCGAACCGGUGAUUCUCCCUCGAGAGAAGAGUACCAUGGAAGACUUCUGCUUGAAACUCCAUAAAAGUAUUCUCGAGGAGUUCAAGUAUGCUUUGGUAUGGGGCAUGUCAGUGAAGCACAACCCUCAACGGGUCGGGAAGGACCAUGUACUGGUGGAUGAGGAUGUGGUACAGAUUGUAAAGACUACAGGUUAA